AUGACCCUUAAAUACGACCCUGAGUUUCAGGCCGUACAUGAUGCAUUUGCAAAAAUGUUCAAGCUUGAGCCUCUAUCUUUAGAUGAUAUCGAGGGCUCUGCUAGACGACGUGAAGAGUCCAUGCAAGCCUUUAUUCCGAAACAGGUGGUUCAUCCAGAUGUGGAGCAAGCCACUCACCCAAUCGAUACUUCUGACGGCCAUACUAUUACAGUCGUCAGCUUUGUUAAAAGAGACUCCCAAUCAAGCCCUGGACCAGCCCUUCUUCAUUUCCACGGAGGGGGCAUGAUAAUGGGAUCAGCCGAGGGGGGAGCAAUGAUAUUGUCAGCCCUGGUCAUGGAAACUUCUAUCCCUGUCUUCAGUGUCAAUUAUCGACUUGCUCCUAAAUUCAAGGGCCCCAUUCCUGCUCAAGAUGGCUACGCCGCCUUGCUUUGGCUACAGAGCAGAGCAGAUGAAUUCAACGUGGACCCGGCAAGAAUUGCGCUUCUUGGCUAUAGCGGAGGUGGAGGUGUUGCUGCCGGCGUAGGCUUGAUCGCCCGUGACCAAGACCUACAGCCUCCUCUAGCCAAGCAGAUCCUGAUCUACCCGAUGCUAGACGACCGAAAUUUGGUAGAGAAUGAGGGUCUGAAGCCUUUAGCUACCUGGACGUGGGAAGAGAAUAAGGUAGGGUGGACGGGGCUUCUUGGAGGUCAAGCAGGAAAGCCAGACGCCCCAGUUUCGCAAUACGCGGCUCCUGCUCGAGCAACAAAUACGGCCAAUUUACCGCCAACAUAUCUCGAUACUGGAGACCUUGACAUAUUCCGCGAUGAGGUCGUCACGUAUGCUGCGAGACUGCUUGCGCAGAACGUUCCUGUUGAGCUCCAUGUUUAUCCCGGCGUGCCUCAUGCGUUUGAGUUAAUUGCGCCUAAUGUCGAAGUCUCGAAAAGGGCUGUUGAGAACAGGCGGAGAGCCAUGACAGACUUUUAA